CUCACGCGAUUUCCCCAUCUACCGGUAGCUGCUACUGUAUAACGGCUAUAGGUGGUUUCACGACUUUUCUGCUUAUUAUUUAAUAUUGUUUCUGCAGCGCCUUAGCUUAUAUAGUCCAUCCUGUGUUAACGCACUCCCCGAUAGUUCCCAGUGGUUUCCUCCGCCGCAGUGAGACACGCCCGGCCCCUCCUGUCACCGAACACAUAGCCAUGGCCGACCCAAAGUACGCCGACCUACCCGGCAUUGCAAGGAAUGAGCCAGAUGUAUAUGAAACAAGUGACUUGCCGGAGGAUGAUCAAGCAGAGUUUGAUGCAGAGGAACUGUCCAGUACAAGUGUAGAACAUAUUAUUGUCAACCCCAAUGCAGCAUACGACAAAUUUAAAGACAAGAAAGUUGGCACAAAGGGUCUUGAUUUCUCUGAUCGUAUUAGCAAAUCCAAAAGAACAGGUUAUGAAUCAGGGGAUUAUGAAAUUCUUGGGGAAGGAACAGGGCUGAAAGAAACCCCGCAACAGAAAUAUCAGCGACUGCUUCAUGAGGUUCAAGAACUGGCACAAGAAGUUGAGGCGAUACAGAGCACAGUAAAGGAAUCUGCAUUAGAAGAGAAACUGACUCCUGUUGCAUUGGCCAAACAAGUAGCCACCUUAAAGCAGCAACUGGUUUCUACCCAUUUGGAAAAGCUCCUUGGUCCAGAUGCUGCCAUCAAUUUGACAGAUCCAGAUGGAGCCCUUGCAAAGCGUUUACUCACUCAGCUUGAUGCUGUUAAAACGAUAAAAGGAGUGGAUGGGAAAAGCCCAGGGAAGAGUUCAGCCCUAGAGAGCACAGUAACUUAUGAGUUACACUGUCGACCGGAGCAAAACAAGUUUUCUCAUGCUGCAAAGGUGGCAGAACUAGAAAAGCGUUUGGGCGAGCUUGAAGCUGCAGUGAAGUGUGACCAGGACAGUCAGAAUCCUCUCACUGUUGGCCUGCAAGGAUCUAAUUUGAUGGAUACUGUUGAAAUUCUGCAGGGUAAAGUGAAUAUGUUAGACGUUGCAUCUCUGGACCAGGUGGAGGCCAGAUUGCAGAGUGUUUUGGGGAAAAUGAAUGAAAUUGCUAAGCACAAAGCAGCUAUUGAGGAUGCAGACACAGAAAGCAAGGUGCACCAGCUUUAUGACAUUGUUCAGAAAUGGGAUUCUAUGUCCAGUACACUUCCACAGGUAGUUCAGAGGCUGGUGACGCUAAAGCAACUACAUGAACAAGCGAUGCAGUUUGGGCAGCUUCUUACUCACCUGGAUAUUACCCAGCAGAUGAUCUCUACAUCUCUGAAGGAGAAUACUGCAGGCUUGGCAAUGGUGCAGAAAGCCAUGAAGGAAAAUUUGGCCACAGUGGAAGACAACUUCUCAAGCAUUGAUUCAAGGAUAAAGAAACUGAGUAAAUGAGCUGCUUCUCUUCUCAGCAAGCCUCAUUCUCUAUAAUAAGGGAGCAAGAAUUUCUGCAAACUCUGAACUAAGAAAUACCUCCCCUGCCCCUUAGUUAAAACAAACUACAAUUAAUCAUUGUGUGUAUAUCAGUCCCUUCAGUUCCUGUGGAAUGCUCCGCCCAUACCUACCAAUGCUCUGCACCCAGACAAACCGGUACUUUUUCAGUACUAGGAAAUACUAAUGGAUUUACAGGAUGACACGAAUGCAUGUUGGUGCUUACAAUGCAGGGAAGGGAGUAUCUGGGGAUAAAGGCAUUUUUAUUUAUAAAUAUGUAUAUGUGUGUACCUAUUUGUUAACCUUUUGAUCUCUGUGGUGCAAUUAAUGCAUAUCCAAACAACUCUCUGAAUGCUCCCCAGCCCCAAUAUAGUUAUUACCGCAUAGCAAGGUAUUAAGGGAAAAUGUUAUACCUGAAAAUUGUUGUUAUGCUUAAAUUAUAACUAUAAACAAAUUGUUGGUUUAUAUCCUCUUACUGCUUAUUACAUAAAAUGGACCUUACCAAAAA